CUCGACUGCAAAUGGGUGAUCAGAGUAUACAUGAUGGAUCUCUCUCCGCAGAUGAUUUUUAUGUUGCCGCAAAGUCACUUUGUGAACUAUGGCAGAAUGCAAAUACUACUCUUCCAAAUUGGACUUGGAUACCUUUUAAAAGGAUACCUGCUGGUAUUUCAUGUAAUCAGGAAGGCUACCUUUCUCUUGAGAAUGUAUACCAUAUUAAGUCAAGAAAGGAACUUGUGAGCAGUCAAGACCCCUUUCAAGAAGAACAGCCAGUAGAUAGUGCCACUGUGGUAUGAUGCUGUAACUGAAAUGUCCAACUUUCACAUCUGUCUUCC